AUGCCAAGACGAUGCGCCAAAAACUCAAGCUCGGACGACUCUUUAAGCGAAGAGGAUGUACGAAAACGAAUUUAUAGAAUAGACAUAAUCGUUGCCAAGAGAGAAGGCAUUUUUGCCAAAGCGGGGAAAAUUUUUAACGAUUGUCGGGACAAAUUUAAUAAAUCAAUUAAACAAUUGGUGAAUAGGUACAAAGACCAGCACAAAGACAGGGAGGGAGCGGCGAAUCAGGAGGAAGUCGAAGAGUUUAUUGAUGAUACUGUGUGUCGGACGUUAUUGUCCUCGAAUCUCGACGCAACGAAAAGGGUAGAAAUUCUCGAUAAUCCAUAUACUACAUCUCAGUUAAAAAAAUUUGUCCAGGAAGCAUUUAAAAUCCAUCUCCGUGGAGGUUCGGAUGCUUCGUUGAAUGUCAAAACACUUGAUUAUAUUACUAUGGAAUUGGAUAUUCCCACACAACUCGGCAUUGUCAAUGAAAUGGACGUUAAAAAACUCUUAAGCUGUGCAAGCAUAAAGAAUUCUCGUUAUAGACGAUUAGCGUCAUGA